UCGCUGCUGCAAAAUUUCCUAAUGUUUAUCAAGUCGCCUUAACCUGACAUUUUUGUUUACCGGUUUUCCCAAACUAGUAAUAGUAUGAGUUAAAACUACCAAAAAUCGAAGUAUUUCUCUAAGAACUAGUGAAAAUGCAUCUCGCGAUUAAAAACCGCAAAGUGUUCAUUCUAAUUUCGUUUGGAUUUUUCGUCCAUACUCUGGUUCUGAAAGCUGCCUUCGAUAUCUACUUUUCGAGCCCCAUCGAUCAUGGAAUGACGCCGAUCAAAUCUACGAAAAACCCGCCCGCUAAAAGACUGGUAUUCAUCGUGGCUGACGGUUUAAGGGUUGAAGCAAUGCUAGACGAGAACGAGCAUGUCGCCCCCAAUCUAAACCGCAUCCGCAAAACCCGGGGCUCCUGGGGCGUGUCGCACACCCGAGUACCCACUGAAUCACGUCCUGGACAUGUUGCGCUUUUGGCUGGAAUUUAUGAGGACCCGGCUGCUAUUUUGAAAGGGUGGAAAGUGAAUCCGGUUGAUUUUGAUUCGGUGAUUAACCAGAGCACCAACGCUUGGUGUUGGGGCGGGCCGAGCAUCGUGAACAUGUUCAACAAAGAUAAUUUGCGCCACAUUCAUCUGCAUUCGUACGACCCCAGCAUGGAAGAUUUCGGCAAUAAUAACACAAUCGGGCUGGAUUUGUGGGUAUUCGAACACCUCAAGGCUUUCAUUGAAGAAAAUAGGCGCUGCGUCAAAUGUAAAAAAUUUAGACAGAAUGGGAACUUCUUCUUUUUGCAUUUAUUAGGGACUGACACCGCAGGACACGGGUUUAAACCUGGAUCUGAGGGUUAUAAAAACAAUAUUAAAUUUGUUGAUGAAAACAUUCCAAAGGUUGAAAAGUGGUUUGAAGAUGCCUUUCCUGACAAAUCCACAGCCUAUGUUUUUACUGCUGACCAUGGAAUGACUGACUGGGGUUCCCAUGGAGCAGGUUCCAACCAUGAGACUGAAACACCGUUGAUUGCAUGGGGUGCUGGUAUUAAAAUUGAGAGGAAAAGAAAAGAUGUACACCAGAUUGACGUAGCCCCUUUAUUGUCAGCACUUAUUGGAAUCAAUUAUCCUAUUAACUCACUUGGGCGUUUACCCAGUGAAUAUAUUAAUACUACUGGGGAGACUCUAGCGGAAAUGAUGCUUUCCAACGUUCUACAACUUCUAGAAACUUUCAAUAUUAAAAGAUUCAGAACGAUGCGUAAUGCAAUUAGGUUUGUACCAUUUCGCGGCGUGACCACAGAAGAUCUGGAUGGAGGACUGAAUUUUCUGAAAAAUUUAUCUACUCAAGGACAAUAUGAGCUCCUAAAAGUGGAAGUUAAAAGUAUAAUGAAAUUUUUAAUAGAAGGUGCUGAUUAUUAUCACAAUUAUUAUCAAUUACCGUUGUUGAUAGCAAUAACUAUUGGUUUAGUUGCAUGGAUUAUUUAUCUAGCGACUUUCAAUAUCCAUUUUAAACGAAAUAUUCAGCCUACAAGACAUGCUAAGUUGAUUAGAAACCUCCAGAUUUAUCUGUUUGCUCCACUAUACGUGAACGUCUGGUUUUUCCUAAAGGUGCAAUCGCUCCCAUUUAUGUACUAUUGUUAUUUUAUUUUCCCAAUAAUGAUGGCACAAAUUGUUACUAGUCGCUACCAUUACGUUUUAGAAGCUUUAAAACAGUUGAAACAAUUUGGUCUCAAAAAUACCUGCAAUCACUUAGUUUUCUACAUAGUUGGACUAAGAUUUUUGGUACAAGGCUUCCUUCACCGUGAGUCUCUAAGUAUUGUUGAAUUUUUGAUGGCAGCUUUCGCGUUUUGGUCGAAAGCGUUGAAGACCCAAACCACGAAAUAUCAAAAAAUUCUUUGGAUUGUGUGCUGCAUUGGCGUCUCUGUCUUUCCAUUUUUACCAGUAAUGCAAACUACAUUCAACACCCCUGUCUACCUCUUUGGUUAUGGUACGUGGUUGGCAAUUAUGCAUAAUUUCAUUCUACCUCGUUUGGAAAAAGACCCAACUAACAAGUUCAUUUCCUACCAGUUUUUAAUUUUCAAGCUUACCCCAAUUUACACUCUUGCAAUAGAAUAUGACUUAGUAGGACUGGAGUCACCGUUGAAGUACGCCGCGUUCGUUUGGGCCCUUGUGCCAGUCGUUAUGGUGCCAUUAUCCGCAAGCCGAAUUUUCACCCGACUCACUAGCAUUUUCAUCGGCUUUGGCACCUACUACUUGAUGGUUUCUUCCAACUACGAGAAUCUUUUCCUCAUUUGCUACAUUUCCCAAAUGUACGCAUGGCUCAAAAUUGAAAGCAAAUGUUUUGGGUACGCCACUCUGAUCAAGAAAAGUUUCAGCCGUGAAGUGAGGGAAGAUCGAGAACAAACAAGUGACGAUUUUCGCCGGGCUUUCUUUUUCGUUACUCUGAUUUUCUUGGGUUUCUUUGGAACUGGGAACAUCGCAAGCUUGAACUCUUUCGAUCCGAUGUGGGUGCGCUGCUUCCUCACCGUGUUCAGUCCGUUUAGCAUGGCUGGACUUAUCUUGCUAAAAAUCAUAGUACCGUUUUUGUUUGUUAGUUGUGUCUAUAGAGCUGUGAAUUUGUUCCGUAAAGGGAACACUUUGAGUAUGUUUUGUACAGUAUUGAUGUUUUCGGAUUUGAUGUUAUUGGAACUUUUGUAUUGUAUUACCAAUAUUGGCUCGUGGUUAGAGAUAGGAAUGAGUUUGUCUAAUUUUGUAAUAAUGGAGGCAUUCGUAAUAAUUCUGUUAUUGUUGUACGGAAUUGGAUAUCUAUUAACCACAGUGACAUAUUAACACGAAUCCAUACAGUUUAAAAGUUUAACUAAGAUUGUAUAGAUUUGAUAACUUGUAUAGUUUCGUUUGAAUUGCGUUAUUUGACAGUGUGCUCUUGCCACUUCAUUCCAGUCUGUUGUUACAUGUUAAUGAGAGCAGUAUUUUUCUAGUGCAAUGUUACGAUUUUGUUAAAGUUUUGAUAUGAACGUUUUUAAAGUUUAAUAAAGUUUUGAUAUAAAA